AUUUACGUGCGCACAAGUGUUGAAUUUCAGGAAGAGUAGGAUUGGAUUUUGUCGGUGUUUUGAAUUGAACUUGACUUCAAGAAUUGCCACUUUCUCUCGCGAUCCUGUAUCUGCCAGAUGUUUUAAAUCAGUUGGAUAUUUAACUGGAAUUAAAAGCAAUACCUUCAAAAUGAGUAAAAUUUCAAAGAUGUUUAAAGUUAGCUCAUCAAGCUCAUCCAGCUCCAGGCCUAGUUCUGGAUCCGUUUUUAGAUCUAAGCAUCGGUCCCGGUCUGGUCCAUAACCCCAGGAGGCCAUCAACAGACUGAGAGAGACUGAGGCCAUGUUAACCAAAAAACAGGAAUACCUGGAGAGCAGAAUCGAGCAGGAGAUCAUGAUUGCCAAGAAGAAUGGCACCAAAAACAAGAUAGCUGCACUUCAGGCUCUUAAGAGGAAAAAACGUUUCGAGCAGCAGCUGACGCAGAUUGACGGGACACUGUCCACUAUUGAAUUCCAGCGAGAGGCCCUUGAGAAUGCCACCACAAACACAGAGGUUCUGAAGAACAUGGGUUACGCAGCUAAAGCCAUCAAAGGGGUUCACCAGAACAUAGAUCUGGAUAAGAUUGACUCCCUCAUGCAGGACAUUACAGAACAACAGGAAGUAGCUCAAGAGAUCAGUGAUGCCAUCUCAAAACCUUUUGGUGAUCAGUUUGAUGAGGAUGAAUUGUUGGCAGAGCUGGCAGAGUUGGAACAGGAAAAACUAGAAGAAAGUAUGAAGAAUAUGGGCAGAUUACCAAGUGUACCAACCACCAAACUGCCCAGUGCAAGACCAAGCCACCGUGCAACCUCAAAGAAGAGAGUGGAGGACGAUCAUGACAUGAAGAGGUUGUCUGCAUGGGCUUCAUAAGCAGCAGUACAAACUCUUUCUUCUUUUUGCUUUUUGUUAACUUGCACUCUUAGCUCUACAUCCAAGAAUUUGUGUCAAAUUAUAAGAGCUUUUUUAUAUACAAAAGUAGAGAAAUUAAGCUAAACAUUUGUGUUCAAGCUAAUUAUUUUGUUGUGUGGUGAUCUUUAAGAUGAAGGAUUACUUUGGUGGCAACUUGGUGUAAAUAGUAACAUUUUAUUAGUGAAGGACAAUAAACUGUUGAUUUAUAAGUAAAUGUAGAAUCAGGGUUUGGUUAAAAAAUAAACUUUAUUUAUUAAG